UUGAUAAGCUUUAGGUAGUUAGUAGACCUUAAUAGAUGUUGUGUUGAAAGAAACAAGACGUGAAUUUACUUGUGGCUUACUAAUUUCCAUGAUAUUCUGUCCCAGCGCUGCGCUGUUGUGAUUUUAGGCCUACUUUAGGUAGGGGCUUACCUAUUUAAUUGCUGCCAGGCAUAUUUCCAGCAAGUUUGGUUGGUUAGGUUAGGUUAUGAUAGUUUUAUUUUAUAAUAGAUAUAUUUAAAAAUAUCGAUUAUUAAUCAAUAUUUUCGAUUCGAUAGUUUCAAUCAAUAUUGGCGUAGCCCCGUUAAGAAACUGUACCCCAUAUUUCUCUAAGCUCGUGCGUUGUGAUACAAUAGAUGCAAUAUGAUGCAUUUUUUCAAUCUUGAGGAAAUCGAAGCACAAGGGAUUACUCCCUUGACGUAUUUGCAAGACAGUCCACCAGCAGUGACCACAAUUCCCGGUUCGGAUAGUCUUCCUCAGCCUUCAAAUAUUGACAAUUUGGAUGAAUUAUUAGCACAAAACCUUGUACCAAGUAGUGCUGAUUGGAAUCCACUAGCCCCCUUUAAUGACGAGGAAGGAAAUCCACCGCCCUCAUGUUUGUUAAGGAUUAAGAGGGAUAUGAUGGCUAUCUACCACGAACCACCUCCAGGUAUUCUAGUCGUGCCUGAUGAUCAAAAUAUGACUGUUGUCCAUGCUCUCAUCACAGGAGCUUUUGAUACUCCUUAUGAAGGAGGGUUUUUCUAUUUCAUCCUCCGAUUCCCACCUGAUUAUCCGAUCAGGCCUCCCAAAGUACGUCUAAUGACAACUGGUGGAAAUAAAGUUAGAUUCAAUCCGAAUCUUUACAAGUGUGGAAAAGUGUGUCUCAGUAUUUUAGGGACUUGGAGUGGACCAGCUUGGAGUCCAGCACAGACCCUCUCUAGCGUCCUCAUCUCCAUACAAAGUCUUCUCACCGACAAGCCUUACCACAAUGAACCAGGAUUUGAGAGGGAAAGAGUACCUGGAGAUGUAGCCCGGUACAAUGAGAUAAUUCAACACGAGACGCUAAGAGUAGCUGUCAUUGGUAUGUUGGACAAUGACUUUGCCAUCAACAUGCCAGCUCCUCUGAUCGAAGCUAUGGAGAAGAGCUUUCUGCAGUUCUUUGAGUCUUACGAAACCCUCGCACAGAGCAAAAACAGGCUCACAGGCACUACAAUGAAUGAUCCCUUUGGUGAGAGACGAGGAGUCUAUCAGUACGGACAACUUUUACAUCGACUGAGAGACAUUUACAACCGACUGACACAAAAGAGGGUGGAAGAGAGUGUUUCUUCUUCUUCUACUCCAGAUAGCAGUGAUUGAUUGUGUAUUCUCCUGUAAAGACUAACAAAAACAUUACACUUGUAUGUGAUAGAAUAGUUAUCUUUAAGUCUUAUACGUUUUGAUGGAAAACAUAACAUUUCUUCGAGUAGCUUUAAAAUCAACCUAGUUUUCUUUUACUUCAAAAAAUUUCUUUUUCCUACAGUCACCCGACAAAGUUGGCUUCCUUGUACUGUUUAUAGUACAUAAAGCUGCUAAUUGCUGCAUAUUUAUACUUUGCCGUACGGUUUAUACUUUGUCGUACGGUUUAUACUUUGUCGCACAUCAGGAU